UUAUGGUGCUUCUUUUGGAACCAUCUGUGUAAAAGAAUAAAUAACAUAAGUUUUAUCAUGAAGCUUCACAGACACUUUCAAAGGACAGUUCUCCUGCUGACCACGUUCUGUAUGGUGAGCAUUAUUAUCUCUGCUUAUUACCUUUACAGUGGCUACAAGCAAGUGAAUGAGCUCUCUGAGAUGGCCUCAGAAGUAGACUGUGGGGACUUCCAGUCCCCGCCAUAUCAGCCAUAUCAGUUGAUGGGAGUGAAGACAACUAAGUUGUCUGAGGCUGCCAGGACAGAACUCACAGUGCUGGUGUUUGUGGAGAGCCAGUACUCGUCCCUUGGCCAAGACAUCAUCAUGGUUCUCGAAUCAAGCCGAUUCCAGUAUCAUAUUGAAAUUGCUGCUGGAAAGGGGGAUCUCCCUGCACUUACAGAAAAAAUGAAAGGCAAAUAUGUUCUCAUCAUUUAUGAGAAUAUUUUGAAAUAUAUCAACAUGGACUCUUGGAAUCGAAGCCUUUUGGAUAAAUACUGUCUAGAAUAUGGUGUGGGUAUUAUUGGAUUCCACAAAGCUAGUGAGAAAAACCUACAGAGUUUUCAGUUGAAAGGUUUUCCAUUUUCCAUCUAUGGGAACCUCGCAGUGAAGGACUGUUGUAUCAAUCCUCAUUCUCCUUUGCUUCAUGUGACCAAAUCAUCUAAGCUUGAAAAAGGCUUUUUACCUGGAACUGACUGGACAGUUUUCCAGAUCAAUCACUCGGCCUACCAACCAGUCAUCUUUGCCAAAGUCAAGACCCCAGAAAACCUUUCUCCUCCCAUCUCUAAAGGUGCUUUUUAUGCUACUGUCAUACACGACCUGGGGCUCCGUGAUGGAAUUCAGCGAGUUCUUUUCGGCAACAACUUGAACUUUUGGCUGCAUAAGCUUAUCUUCAUUGAUGCUGUUUUCUUCUUGUCAGGGAAGAGGCUGACACUGACCUUGGAUAGGUAUAUUCUUGUGGACAUUGAUGAUAUUUUUGUGGGAAAGGAGGGAACAAGGAUGAAUACCAAUGAUGUGAAGGCCCUACUUGAUACUCAGAAUCUUCUGCGUGCACAAAUUGCAAAUUUUACUUUCAACCUGGGAUUCUCAGGGAAAUUUUACCAUACAGGAACUGAAGAAGAAGACGAAGGGGAUGACCGUCUUUUGGGUUCCGUGGAUGAGUUCUGGUGGUUUCCACACAUGUGGAGCCACAUGCAGCCCCACCUCUUCCACAAUGAGUCAUCGCUGGUGGAGCAGAUGAUUCUCAACAAAAAAUUUGCCUUAGAGCAUGGCAUUCCCACUGACCUGGGCUAUGCAGUAGCCCCACACCAUUCCGGUGUCUAUCCUGUACAUGUGCAGCUGUACGAGGCAUGGAAAAAGGUUUGGAAUAUUAGAAUCACCAGCACUGAAGAAUACCCACACCUGAAACCAGCAAGAUACCGGAAGGGCUUCAUCCACAAAAACAUCAUGGUCCUUCCAAGGCAAACCUGUGGGCUUUUCACACACACAAUUUUCUACAAAGAAUAUCCUGGUGGUCCUAAAGAGCUGGACAAGAGUAUCCAAGGAGGUGAACUAUUUUUUACAGUGGUUCUCAACCCAAUCAGCAUUUUCAUGACCCAUUUGUCCAACUAUGGAAAUGACCGACUGGGCUUGUACACAUUUGUAAACCUGGCCAACUUCGUGCAGAGCUGGACCAAUUUACGACUUCAGACACUGCCUCCAGUGCAACUGGCUCACAAGUACUUUGAGCUCUUUCCUGAUCAAAAAGACCCUCUCUGGCAGAAUCCUUGUGAUGACAAACGCCACAGAGACAUUUGGUCAAAAGAAAAAACCUGUGAUCGCUUACCAAAAUUCUUGGUCAUAGGACCCCAAAAAACUGGUACCACUGCUCUGUAUUUGUUCCUGGUUAUGCAUCCUUCCAUCCUUAGUAACUCCCCCAGCCCAAAAACCUUUGAGGAGGUACAGUUCUUUAAUAGAAAUAACUACCACAGGGGGAUUGAUUGGUAUAUGGAUUUCUUCCCUGUUCCAUCCAAUGUCACCACUGACUUUCUGUUUGAGAAGAGUGCCAACUAUUUCCACUCAGAGGAAGCACCCAAAAGAGCAGCUUCUUUGGUCCCCAAAGCCAAGAUCAUCACCAUCCUCAUUGAUCCAUCAGACCGAGCUUACUCCUGGUACCAGCAUCAACGAUCACAUGAAGACCCCGCAGCGCUGAAGUUUAGUUUCUACGAGGUGAUAUCGGCCGGUCCUCAUGCCCCCACAGAGCUCCGAGCCUUGCAGAAGCGAUGCCUGGUGCCGGGGUGGUAUGCCAACCACAUAGAGAGAUGGCUCCUUUAUUUCCCUCCCUUCCAGUUGCUAAUUAUUGAUGGGCAGCAGCUAAGAAGUGAUCCUGCAACAGUGAUGGAUGAAGUGCAGAAGUUUCUAGGAGUCUCGCCUCAUUAUAAUUACUCUGAAGCUUUAACGUUUGAUUCUCAUAAAGGUUUCUGGUGUCAGUUACUGGAAGAAGGUAAAACAAAAUGCCUUGGGAAGAGCAAAGGAAGAAAAUACCCUCCAAUGGAUUCUGAUAGCAGAUCCUUUCUUUCGAGUUACUACCGCGACCACAAUGUGGAGCUGUCACGGCUGCUGCACAGACUGGGGCAGCCCUUGCCAGCCUGGCUGAGACAGGAGCUGCAGAAAGUGAGAUAGCACUGAGAGAAAGUUCCUGGGCACAUCGCCUCUCCCAAAGCAACCAGAAGCUGCCAAAAAAGAAAGUGGUUUAGACAUAUACCUCGACAUGAGCAAACAGAACAAGGUUUCUUCCUUUUGCUUGCAGGUGGAUGAUCAGGAAAAUUAAAGAAAAGAAAGUGUCUGUCAUGAGACUUGAGGCCUCUGGCCAAUCUCGGAACAAAUAUCUGAACAAUAUGUGGGAUCCUCAGAGACUAUUGUACG